AUGCGAAGUGCAAAAAAAUCCCGAUUCAAUGGAACUUCGUUACUGCAGGAAACAUGUUUUCUUGGCAAGAAACGAUGGCAAAUAGCUUUGAUGUCGAAUUUGGGACUGAUUAUCGCAUUUGGAAUUCGUUGCAAUUUUGGAGCGGCCAAAGGACGAAUGAUCAACAAUUUCACCGAUCCGUACGGCAAUAAUUUCACGCAACAAUUCUUCUGGACACCGACCGAACUCGGCAUUAUGGAGAGUGCAUUCUUCUACGGUUAUGCGCUAACACAAAUCCCAGGAGGCAUGCUCGCUGCUAAAUUUGCACCGAAUGUAUUAUUCGGCUUAUCGAUACUGAUCACAUCUAUACUCAAUAUAUUUCUGGCGAUUGCAUUUGAAGCCCAUCCCAUCACCGAUUCUGUUGUUAUUGCGAUUCAAGUGACACAGGGACUUGCAUUGGGAGUGACUUAUCCGGCGAUGCAUGGUGUUUGGCGUCAUUGGGCGCCGCCGAUGGAACGCUCGAAACUGGCGACAACAACAUUUACAGGAUGUUAUUUGGGCGUUAUGACCGGACUACCGUUAUCCGCAUAUCUUGUCUCGUUUGUUGACUGGUCUGCGCCUUUCUAUUUCUACGGUGUCGCUGGAAUCAUAUGGACAGUUUUCUGGUUGCGUGUGUCGGCAGCAACACCGGCGAAAUGUCGCAAUAUCAGUGAAAGUGAGCGCCGAUACAUCAUUGAACACGUCGGACAAGUGUCUUCGUCGCCAGCCACCUUGACAACAAUCCCAUGGAAACAAAUUUUCCUGUCGUUACCCAAUUGGGCAAUAGUGGUUUGCACGUUUUGCCGUUCGUGGACGUUCUUCUUGCUUCUCGGAAAUCAGCUGACUUACAUGGCUGAUGUGUUGCAUCUUCAAAUACACAGUGUAACAUACUUACGCAUUGUUGUUUCGCAGUUCUAUUGGGUUUUCGAGUGGCAAUUUUUUAUGUUCUCACUUUUCCAGGGCGGUAUUAUCAGUUCAUUACCUCAUGUUCUGAUGGCUAUAGUUGUGCUGUGUUCCGGUCAAAUGGCUGAUUAUUUGCGUUCCACAGGAAAACUAUCAACCAUUGCUACCAGACGACUGUUCAAUUCAAUAGGUUUCGCAGCUGAAGCGACUUUUUUGUGCUGCUUAGCGUUCAUCCAAGAUCCAACGAUAGCGAUCACUAUACUGGUGAUAUCGUGUGGAUGUAGUGGUUUUGCAAUUGCUGGUUUCAAUGUGAAUCACUUCGAUAUCGCACCAAGAUACGCUCCUAUUCUUAUGGGCUUCUCGAAUGGUCUUGGUGCAUUAGCUGGCGUCAGUGGAAUGAUUCUCGAACAACUCGUUCACAGCCAGGGGGUGAUAAUCGGAUGGAGAAUCUCAUUUUUGAUUGCGGUGGGUAUUGAUAUUAUUGGAUUGGUAACAUUUCUGAUAUUCGGUAGCGGUGAGCUGCAAGAAUGGGCCAAAGAAGAGGAGCCACAACAGAGCAUGCAGGAGAUUGUGCGACGAUUGUCUGAUGUUGUGAGACGUGUUUCGAUCCGUCGAAGUAAAACCUCAAUAAUGAAGCACAGUCGUCUGAAGGAGGAGAAAGCAGACGCAGACGACGUGAGCAUUGCGAGUGGUUUUUGGAGAACAUCGAUGCGAAAAAGUUUUGACGCUAACGAUGUGGCACCACCCGUUAAUAAGGAGAAUAUCGUUGAAAAGCCACAGCUCGAAACCAUAGAUGAAGUAAAGGUGUGA